AUGGCUGCCCCGCAGACUGAAAUUGUCAGUAAGAUAAUUGGUAUUGGGAUUUGUGACAUGGUUAAUGAGGUAGAGAAGAUGCCAACACCUUCAUUGGAAUUGGGGCAGCCAGUACAGCUAGUAGGUUUGGAUGAAAAUGGGAGUCUCUACUUGGAUACAGAGGCCCUGAAUAGUUGCUUAGAGCAGGAAGAGGUGAAAGAUACUCCCAUCUGCUUGAUUUCCAUAGUUGGGGAACAGCGACAGGGUAAAUCUUUCUUGUUAAAUUUCCUCCUACGGAGACUUAAAAACUUGGCUGUUACAGAUAACUCUUGGCUGGGCCAAGAAGAUGAGCCAUUGACAGGUUUCGAAUGGCAUCCAGGAAAUAAGAGCAUCACCAAAGGGAUAUGGAUAUGGAAUCAGCCAUUUUUGGUCCUUGAUGAAAAUGAAAAGGUAGCCUUGUUUUUGAUUGACACGGAGGGCUCAAUGGCUAUAGAGAGAAGCAAGGACAAUGGUGUCAAGCUUUCAGCUUUCUCCAUGCUGUUAAGUUCCUAUCAGAUUCUUAAUUUAUCCCAUAACUUGAAGGAUCCAGACCUGGAAUACAUGGAAAUGUUUUUGUACAUAGCGAAGUCUGUGGGCCAUCAGUUCAAGCUAAAGCCUGUUCAGCAUCUUGAUCUCUUGGUUCGUGACUGGUUCUGUCCUCCCACCUAUGGAUUCCAGGGUGGACAAGUUUAUCUCCAUGAUAUCAUCCAGACGCUGGAGGGUCAACCCAACCGGUAUUCACGAUCCCUGGAAAUAUUCAAAAGCACCAACACUUCUUGUUACCUGAUGCCCUUCCCUGGCAAGGCGUUGGUGAUGGGAACUGAAGGCACCAUAGCAGAUAUGGAUGACGAUUUUAGGGGAUUCCUGAAGGAUUAUGGGAAUCAUAUUGCCAGAUCAGCUGGAAUGCAUGUACAGAGAAAUCAGAACAACGAGCCUCUCACCGGGAUAGAACUUGCUGAUAAGAUAAAGGCUUUGUCAGAACUCAUGAAACAAUAUCACACUGGUUUUUCCUCACCCACAGAGAUGAUCUAUACCUUCAACCAGAACAACAAUAAAAUGUUCCAGAUGAAAUUUAAAAAGUUCAUCCAAAAGCAGGAUGAAAUCUCACGUUCAAUGUUGGGAAGCCUACGUGUGUCCCCAAAUUCGAUGACUAAGCGCUUAAAGGAGAAGCAAGAGAAACUGCUCCAACAGUUCCGAGACUCAUUUCAGGGUGAUGAGCCACAUCAGACAGAAUUUUUAACUUGCCUGGACUCAUACCAGAAGUGUGAAGCUAAAGAUUUCUUGGAAGAUUAUAGACGCCGCUUCAAAUCCUCUGCUAUCAAAGCCGGAGUAGCCAUUGGGGUGGGUGCUGUGGGGUUAGCUGGUGGAGCUGUUGGAGCUGGUAUAGCAGCAGCCUUGUUGGCAGGGGAAGCCAUUGUGCUGGGCACUGGUGCUACUUUUGCAAUUGGGACUGUGGCUGGGGCAAGCACAUUUGGACUGAUUGGGGGAGGAGUGGGAGCUGGUGUGGGGAGCUGCAUGUGGGAUUCUAAAGACAAUGAUAACAAGAAUGAUAAUGAUGAUGAGACAGAAGAAGAACAGGAGGAGGAAAAUGUGUCAGAUGAGAAAAGUCUUAUUAACUGAUGAGGUUCAUCUUAAGAAUUAAAGCCCCACACGUCCUUCAUUAAAGAACAAAUACCUGCUAUAAAGACAUAAAUCCCAAGA